CGUAGCUGCUGGUGUUGUAGUUAACUAGAGGACUAGGUGUUUAUUCUAACCGGUUUGUUGUUAUUUGUCGUAGUAUCCUAUUCAGCAGCACAAAUGAGAAAAUACAUGCAUAUUUCCUCAUGAGCUGCAAGUUGCAAACGAACACGGAAAUUUCCCGACGUACAAUUAUAAAGAUGUUUUAGCUGAUGUAAAGGUACAUGGAGAUUUCCAAGUAUGUUUAGUCAGCCAAAACGUAAUUUCAGAAGCGAAAACAGUGAUAUAGAGAACCACGGAACUUUCCACUGAGGUAUUUUUCGUCCGCCCAGAUGUUAAGUAUUUUUACAUUUCGGCAGUGACUGUAGCGAAGCGAAGAUACAUAGAAUUUGUAUGUAUCAGGUAAACACAAUUAACACUAUGAAUCGAGAGACGUGCCUCAACUUUUAAACCACGAACUAGGAAUACUAUAUCGAGAUUCCCGACCUGGGGUUAUUCGAACAAGGUUAAUUAGAAUUUUAAAUGCGGUAGCACAUGUAAGCGAUAUUGUCAGUAUCUUGUGGUUGCCUUAAGGACAAAUGUUAUUUUACUUGCGUCGUGGAUUUUCACGCAGCCAAUCAGAGCGACGCGGAACUGUCGAGUUGAGUAUUGCGAAUCUUGAAACUGAAAUUUUGCGCUAUUCGUUUGACUUGUUUGAUACAUUACCUAAAAGUUUGGAUGUUUCAUAGCCAAAAGAAGGACAUUUUCUCAUCAGCUGACUCGACUAACUUAUCUACCGAAGCUUGGUACUGACUCAGGUAGCAAAACACCAAUGAUCAUGCACUUGAAUUCCUUUGCCCUUGGUAUUUUGAUCGCCCUAAGUUUGUGUCUGGCCAACGUUGCAAGUCAGCGGGAAAGGUGCUUAGGCAUCCAUAACUACUGCUCUGGCCAAUUUGGAAACAUGAAGGCGGUCUGCAAAGGUGGAUACUGUUAUUGUACUGGACAGGACUACGACUAUAACACUUGCUUGCCUAAUGUGCAUGGUUGUCGAAUCAAGGUCAAUGCUGAUACAGCUCUUGCAAAACCACAAUAUAAAAAUCAACAGCCCCAUACAAUCUACAGCUGCACGCCUGGCAGCAGCUCCACACAGUACGAAGUACACGUAAUGUCUGUCUACGAGGGGAAUAGGCACACACGCCCUCCAUCAGCCGGUAAUACUCAUGUCAAUAUCGUCAGCAGUGGCCAGUCAGGCCGACCUAUUGUACUCGUGUUCGCCAACUACGAACCUGUUAACUGGAUUCUCAAUUUACCAGCUGGCAUUACCAUCAGUAAAGUCAUCUUGGUUGCUUAUUACAUAGAUGAAAGUUCUGUUAGUGGAGAUGUGAACCAAGUGCAAGUUGUUGAAAAACAAGGAACCCGUAAUUCACAGUGGAGCAUGGGAUAUGGUUCAGAUACAGGCGGGGGAGAUACAGUGGGACUCCUGAGACGAAUACACAACAUUUAUGGUGCAGUGACGUCAUUUACCGGCACUUACAAAGCAGAUAAAUGGUCACUGACGUUAUCUUCUUCACAAGGCCUAAGUAACAACUACAGCAGCCUCAUAGUCACUACCACAACCACACCCACACCCAAAGCAACUCCUCCCAGACAGAAAUGUCUCUCCAAUUAUUGCCCUGGAAGUUACAACAUGAAGUCUGUCUGUAAAGACGAAUACUGUGUGUGCACUGGCAAAGGCUACGACUACAAUACUUGCUUGCGUAAAGUGCAUAUAAUUAUAACAAAGAACAUUUACACAUCUAAGUCAUUUGGAUGCUUUUUUCUAGUUCAACCUGAAUUCAUCAGCAAUCCAGAGAAUUCAACGGUGAUAGAGGGUCAGAAUGUUAAUUUGCAAUGCCAAGUUUAUGGAAAUCCUUUACCAGACGUGAGAUGGACAAAAGAUGGAGAAGCAGUAAAUGUAGCAGAUCAGAGGAUAAAUGUCUCUUUUACAGGAAAUAAUUCAACUUUGACAAUAGUCAGUGUUGACCAAGCAGAUCAAGGGCUGUACAGAUGUGUGGCAAAUAACAGUAUAAAUAAUGUUACUUCUUAUCCAGGAACACUGACAGUACAUUUUGUACCAGAAGUGACGAUUAUUGGUGUUCAAGUACAGUUUGUGAUUAAAGGAAGACAGUUACUGCUGACAUGUCAGUAUAAUGCUUUGCCACCAUUGUCUGAAGUGCAGUGGGAAAAAAAUGGAACUGCGAUAGCAAGAAAUGCUAGUGUGGAGAUUAAAGACUCACAAGUGGAUAUUCCAUUUUUUAAUGAAAGCCAAGUACAGCUGCUAAUAAAUGCAACUACACCACAGGAUGCUGGGAAUUACGCCUGUCUUGUUAUUAAUGAUGUUGGUAACUCAUCAGAUACAACAUCAGUUGUUAUUCAAGUGGAACCAAACCCACCAGUGAAUGUGGUAGUUGUCUCAAAGAGCUCACGAGUAGUGAAUAUUUCCUGGAUUGCUGGUUUUGAUGGGAACAGUGCAAUUCAGAACUACACAAUGAAGAGAAGUCUAGAUAAUGAAGAGUUUGUAGAUGUUGUCUGUCAAGGAUCCCUGUCAGAUAGUUCCUGUGUGGUGUCCAGCACAAGCGCUUCUCUUGGAAACCUCUCACCUUGGACACCAUACUACUUUCAAGUGUUUGCAAGAAACAUAGUUGGCAUUAGUGAUGGGAGCCCUGUAGUGAAUACUACCACAGAUGAAGAAGUUCCAAGUACUGCUCCAAUCUUUGAUGUGACUGUUGUCAAUUCCACUGCCGUUAAUGUCUCUUGGCAGGUAUUAUAAUGAUACAUUUAUAGCACUAAGCAUAAGGUCAAGUAGGAUGACUGGGUCUCAAGUUAGCCUUUUUUGCUUGUUUCCCUACUGAAAUACAGUUGAGGUCCAUAUACACACAAAAAAGGUUGAGGCCAACAUCCAGCCAUCUUGAGCAAACCGCGAACUCAGUGGUCAAUUAAUGAUGGCAUUACUAAAGAACAUCAUUAAUAUAGGAUAUACAGUGGAAUCUGGAUUUUUUGAACCUCUAAGGGAAAAGAUAAUUGGUUCGAAAAAUCAGAGAGUUUGAGGAAUCAGGGGUAAAAUUACAGCUUUUGACUGAGGAGGGGAAUCGACUUUUGGUUCGAGUUAUCGGGAGGUUUAAAAGACUAAGGGUUCAAGAAAUAGGGAUUCCACUGAUUUGAUUUAUCUUGUGUGCCUGUGUACAUGUAGUUUCCCAUAAUUAAGUUUACUUUACAGUGUUUAGGUCCGACUUUAUCAAUGUUUUCACCGAUCCUUACCAUUUAAAGAGUAGUUAUGGAGAAAACUAUUUCUGUGGAGUCUCACUUAAGACAGUAGACCCUCAAUAAGAACAAAAAUAAAUUAGGUUGACCCAAAUAUUUAGCUGUUUGAAAGAAUAAAGGCUUCUUUCAGGUUAAGGAACAUAGAAAAUGUAGGCACUAUUUUGCUAUGUGAGUAAUGAAUUACUGCUCCACAAUCCAAGCCAUUACGUUCCCUCAUGGACAGCAAAUUCACAUUACAUGUACACCAGUGUUUCAAAUGGCAUCUUGCAAUCUCAGACUUAUCACUUCACAAGUCAAACAAAAAACCCAGACAUUGAAUGUACUUUCCUACUCCUAAUGUGAUUGACAAGGAUUGCUUGAAUCCACUGACCUGUACUGAUAUGAAGCCAGCACAGAACCCAAACAAACCUCAGCAUGAGAUCCAUCAUGCAAUAUUAAAGACUGCUAUUGGUGUAUGUGUUUAUUACAAAAACCACUGUUUGUGUUGUCAUGUUUUUUUGUUAUUAC